AUGAUAAUGAAGUUUUCGAAGUCACAUCUCGUAUUAAAUAAUAUUGUGCCCUUCGCAAUUACACUGGCAGUGAUAUUCAUAUGCGGUGUGACUAUUUCACAAAUUAGCUCUGAAACAGAUAUUGCAAACGCAUACAACGAGCGUGGCAUCAUUACAGUAACUAAGGUUAGCGAUGAUGAUGAGGACGAAUAUCUGAGACUGGGGCUAACUCCCAAUCAUUCGGUGAGAGUUAGGUUAACUGAUAUUAAUGGAAAUGCUAUUAGGGAAUCAAAGGAUGUUGUUUAUCACGGUCGCUUCCUUCAUAUUACAGAUAUGCAUCCGGACCUUCUAAAUAAAUUGAAUUCUUCGAUAGUAAGGAAAUGCCAUAAAAGGGAUCCAAAAGCAUUACCUGAUGAGCUAAGUCAUAAAUUUGGUGAUUCUAUGAGCGGAUGCGAUUCACCAAUAUAUCUUUAUGAGGACACUCUUGCUUGGAUACGUGAAAAUUUAAAAGAUAAGAUUGACUUUGUUAUAUGGACUGGAGAUAAUGUCCGUCACGACAACGAUAGGAGUAAUCCUAGAUUGGAAUCCGAUAUUUUCUCAAUGAAUCAAAAAGUAGCAGACAGAAUGGAGACUACUUUUAUGGAUGACGGAGAAGAAGAAAAAAUGCCACAAGAACGCAGAGUAAAGAUUGUUCCAAGUUUGGGAAAUAACGAUGUCUAUCCACACAACUUAGUUGCCCCUGGACCAACAUUACAGACACGUGAGAUGUACAAAAUUUGGAGGAGUUUUGUGCCUGCGGAACAGAUGCAUACGUUUGACAGAGGUAUUUAUUACUUUCGAGAAGUGAUCCCAGGAAAAUUAGCUGUCCUUUCCAUCAACACUUUAUACUUUUUCAAGUCGAACCCAUUGAAUGACAAUUGCGAUGGUAGGAAACAGCCUGGGUACAAACUUUUCGAAUGGCUAUCAAUAACUUUGAAGGAGCUGCGCCGAAGACAUAUGAAAGUUUGGCUUAGUGGCCAUGUUCCUCCUAUUCCUAAAAACCUACACUAUAGUUGCUACACUAAAAUGGCCGUCUGGAUGCAUGAAUAUCGGGAUAUUAUUAUAGGAGGGGUUUGGGGUCAUAUGAAUACGGAUCAUUUUGUUCCACUUGAUUCCGUUAAAGCUUGGCGUUCAAUAAGAAAUAGAUUGAAUGCAAUGGGACUUGAAGAUGAUGCAAAAUCAUUGAACUUCGAAACAUAUGGUGAUGAAGAAGAAAACAUCUUUGCAAAGAAUGCUGAUAAUGAUGAUGAAGAUGUUAAAGAUUUCAGAGACGAUAUUGAUAUGUAUAGGGCUAUGGGCUUACUUGACGAUGACUUUGGAGUGAAUAGAAAGUCUAAAAGAUAUGAUAGUGCACCAGUUGGGAAGGUCACGUAUUUAAAUAGUAUAAGAGACGAUUUGCUGGUGAGAAUCAAGGGGAAGAAAAAGGCAGGCGAGCACGGAGAAAGAUAUUCAUUUGCUCACGUUUCAGCAUCGGUCAUUCCAACGUAUAACCCAGGAUUCAGAGUCUGGGAGUACAAUGUUACGGAUUUAUUUUCAAAUAAUGACAAUCAUGAGAUAUUUGAAGGAUGGGAUGUGUUUUUUGCAAGGGCAAAUAAAAUAUUGGACCAAUCAGAUGAAUUGGCAGACUCUUUACAGAUAGCUGAAAACUUCACGGCCAACAAACAGUAUUACACCUUGAAAAAAGAUAUCACUAUUCCUCCGGUGAUGCCAUCAGACAUUGAUUUGGGACCGGGAUAUGUGAAUCAACUGUUCAGUCCAGAGAGAUAUACACAGUACUAUGCAGAUCUCAAUAAGUUGCAAAAGUCCGGAGAUCAGAAAAUUAGCUUUGGUGUUCAGUACAGCACUGAUGAUGAUGUCUAUAAUAUGACUGGUUUGCUGGUUGAAGAUUGGAUAAAACUUGCAAGAAGGCUUUCUAAAUCUUCUCCUUUAAAAAAGAACAAGGAGAUAAAAGGAAAGAAUGGCGAUACUACGUUUUAUGAAGAUCAUGACAAAUUAACUGAGUCUGGGGAUGGCAAUGUGGCGGCUGUGCGUUUAUGGCAGAAGUUUAUAGAUAGGGCAUUUAUUAGCACUGGAUAUCAGCAUUAUCCAUUUUCAACACAGAACUGA